AUGUUGAUGUUGAACCCCCACAAUGUUGAUGUUGAACCCCCACAAUAUGUUGAUGUUGAACCCCCACAAUAUGUUGAUGUUGAACCCCCACAAUAUGUUGAUGUUGAACCCCCACAAUAUGUUGAUGUUGAACCCCCACAAUAUGUUGAUGUUGAACCCCCACAAUAUGUUGAUGUUGAACCCCCACAAUAUGUUGAUGUUGAACCCCCACAAUAUGUUGAUGUUGAACCCCCACAAUAUGUUGAUGUUGAACCCCCACAAUAUGUUGAUGUUGAACCCCCACAAUAUGUUGAUGUUGAACCCCCACAGUAUGUUGAUGUUGAACCCCCACAUAUGCCCCCACAGUAUGCUGAUGUUGAACCCCCACAAUAUGUUGAUGUUGAACCCCCACAGUAUGUUGAUGUUGAACCCCCACAGUAUGUUGAUGUUGAACCCCCACAGUAUGCUGAUGUUGAACCCCCACAGUAUGCUGAUGUUGAACCCCCACAAUAUGUUGAUGUUGAACCCCCACAGUAUGUUGAUGUUGAACCCCCACAGUAUGUUGAUGUUGAACCCCCACAGUAUGUUGAUGUUGAACCCCCACAGUAUGUUGAUGUUGAACCCCCACAGUAUGUUGAUGUUGAACCCCCACAGUAUGUUGAUGUUGAACCCCCACAGUAUGUUGAUGUUGAACCCCCACAGUAUGUUGAUGUUGAACCCCCACAAUAUGUUGAUGUUGAACCCCCACAAUAUGUUGAUGUUGAACCCCCACAAUAUGUUGAUGUUGAACCCCCACAAUAUGUUGAUGUUGAACCCCCACAAUAUGUUGCUGCUUUUAUCUGUUGA